AAUGUUUUUGAAUAUUAACGCGGAAAGCUUUACAAUCAAGAUUUACAAAGCAAUGGCUGCACCGGUACCCAAGAAGAGACUGUAUCCCUCCCUGGAUGAGGUGUCCGGGAAACGCAAGCACUCUAACGGCAAGGAGAACCUGCCCGUGACCCCAUUAGCAAAGAGAGCUAAGCUGCUGCAGGGAACCCCAGUCAGGGCUCGUCCUAUAAACCCAGCCGUAAACUCUCUUCAGUCAAGAAUUGAGCUCGAGUACAAGAUUCGUGAUGGAGCGGCCAAACUGUUACAGGCCAGUAAGAAUUCUCGACAGUCCGUGGAAGCCUCCAAAGGAUUGUUUGUCUCCAAUGCUAAGAUCAUAGCACUCAUGAGAGAGAUGCAACAGAUGAAGGAGAAUGUUGUCAAGGGCAACAGUGAUGAACCGUCUCCAUGCAAAGCAAAGAUCGCAAUUUCAGACGUCAGGAUUCCUCUCGAGUGGAGGGAAAUAGACAAUGCUAAAGCCAAAGCAGAUACCCAUUACGGAGUGUUCUGUCUGUUCAAGAUGGGUAACCAGGUGAUGGACUCGUCCACGCUGGCAAACGUUGACAGGACCACUAUGGACAUUGUGUUCAGGGACACCAUCAUAUUCCCUGAAAUGGUUGGUCCUGACUUCAGUCUGGAGGUGGAGGUGUAUUGCUCAGUACCAGUAGAGGAGAUCUCUGCUAAAUCAUCCACUCCCAUCAGGAUGCUCAAGAAGCUCAGGUCCAAGACACAGGACAAAGUUGAUGGGUCCCCUGCUCCCCAGCCCACUAUCCCCUCCUCACCCUACACCCCACGUCCAUCUUCUGUCAGUCCCUCUCAUCGCUUUGUACUCGCCGGACAUGCACACCUCACAAUCAAAGAUGUCUCCAACUCCUGUCGGACGUAUAUCUUGAAACGUGGCUCGGUUGGUGCGAGUGGCACUGCCUCCACUGGUAAUGAUUCGACGUUGCUCCCUCUUUGGGGCCAGAUAUGCUGCACCCUCAUGGCAGAGCCUGCUUGUGCUAGUGGAGUCAGGAAAGAUGGAUUUGUCAACUUACAUCGUAUGAUUGGUGGUCUACCUGACUGGACACGACUGUGGUGUGUGGUGAGACGGCAUCACCUCCGGUACUGGGUGUCUCCUGAGGACGUGGGCAAGAGAGACCUAACCUACCAACUUGAUCUUACCAAGGCAAUGACAGUGGAGCCUGCUCCUCGACUGUCCAUUCGCCGUCCCAAUGUGCUGCUGCUCAAGGACAGCAGCAACGAGUAUUUUGUUGCCUUUGAGUCCAAGGAAGAGAGAGCAGAAUGGAUGGACACUCUCAAACAGUCAAUUCUUGAUAUGAACGUGUGGAAGUCCUCUUGUGAAUUUGUCAUCCCUGUGCCCCAGAGCAAGUUCUACACCGAGUCCCCUAGUGUAGAGGAGCCUGUGAGAUGGCAGUCUGAUGUAAUUACUACGGUUACUGUCCCAGGGCUGAAAUCUGAGACAACACUUUGAGUUUUAAACACAAUCUAACGUUUUUAGAGCUGUAGGUAUUCAAUAAUGUUCAUGUUGUUAGCCGCUAUCACGUUGUGUACAUGUGUACUAGUCACUCUAGUGUCACUACAUAGUUUGUGUGUAGCUCAUGAUUGUGAUAUUUGCUGCAAUUUUUCUCACAUGUGACACGUUAGUCACACUUAUCUUUACGUUUAAUUUGUUGCACUGUUGGAAUUUAAAAUUAAUAUUAUAAUUAUUUUGCUGA